AUGUUCUUAGUCUUCUUUGAUGCCCUCUGAUGUUCCCUGAUGUUUUCUAAUGUUCUCUGUGUUCCAGUGGUUCUGGGGCAAAGAGCCUUGGGAGUUAUUUACACUCAGACACAGAUCUGUGCUGUGGAAGGAGGAGCGGUGGACAUCAGCUGCAGCCCCACAUUCACAUCUGUAGUAUUCUUGAAACAGAUUUCAGUUAAAAACAGUCUGUGGUUCAGUAAAGGUGGUGUAGGUGGUCGUGUGGAUCUGAUGUCAGACCCAGACUACAUAGGUCGUGUUCAGUAUUUCUGUGAUCCGCCUCUCUGCACUCUGAGAAUCACAGACCUGAGAGAGAGCGACUCGGCUGAGUACAAGUUUAGCCUUAGAAAAUACCAAGUAGAAAGUUCUACUGGUUCACCUGGAGUCAACUUGUCUGUUACAGCUCUUCAGGUGAAGGUUCUCUUGUCAGAGUACACAGACAGUUACUGCAGAGUGGAGCUGAAAUGUCAAAGCAGCUGUCCGCCUGAUCAUCAGUCCUACAUCUGGAUCAAGAAUGGACAUGAACUUCUGAGAGAAACAUCUUCUUCUGUUUCAUUGUCAGUUUAUCCUGCAGACAGAUACUCCUGUGCUCUGAAAGGAUACGAGGCCUUUCUCUCUCCAUCAGUCUAUGCUCCUCAGCUUCCCCAUGUCUCAGUGAGUCCUUCUGGUGAGAUAGUGGAGGGACGUUCGGUGACCCUAACCUGCAGCAGUGAUGCUAACCCAGCAGCUGACUACACCUGGUACAAGGAGGAUGAGCAGAAAACAACCAGUAAUGAAUCACAGCUGAUCUUCAGCUCCAUCAAGUCGUCUGACUCUGGACAGUAUCGCUGUGUGGCAGCAAACCAGCUGGGGAGGAAGACGAGUCGACACAAACGGAUAGACGUGAAAUGUUCAUCAGUAAAGAUAAUGAAUAUCAUCAGGUUGACUCUGGUGGUCCUGAUGCUGAUUCUUCUGGUGGUCUUCAGUCUGUGGACAAGGAAGAAGAAAACUCUCAGCUCUCAAACUGGACCAAAUGAAGCUGCUGAGGUGAUGCAGUUGAGAGGCCCAGCUAGUCUGUUAAAGCUGGAACAGCUGAGUCUGUAAUGGACGUUAAGAAAAGAAAAAGCCCAGUUUCAGAUCUGAUGAGGAGGAAUCAAACCCUGAAUCCUCUAGAUUUGGAGCAGGGUAAUUACUCAAACUCAUUAUUUUUUGUCUUUUCUCCAUCUGUUUUCUUCAGUUUGACUCUGGUUCUGAUUAGCAGAACAUCUCAGCCUAACAUGUCAUCAGUGAAGCUGAGACAGAACCAGAGAAGCAGGAAUACCUGCUCUGAAGACCAACCAAGUUUAAGCCUCCUGGCAGGAAGAUGGUCAUUGUUGGAAUAAUUGUAUUUAGUUUUUAUCUUUUAUCUUAUAUUUUUUCCUUUUGUUUCAUUUGACUAUUUGAUUUUAUAACCUUUCAUGAUGUGAUGAGUUUGUCUGCAGGCAAACAUCAAAAGUGGAGCUGAGGAGGAAGCAGUCGCAGAUGAGGAGGUCAUAAAGAUGAAGGCUGAUUGUGCUGAACAGAAGACGCACUGAUCUUAAAAUGAUGGAGAGACUUAGGAAGUGUGUUGUUAAAAGAUAAUGGUGUUUAUGACCUGUUAACGUUGCAGCUGUUUUUUUCCCAUACUUAGAGAGUAACGUUUUUUGUAACUAGGGACCCCCGAAAAAUAAUAAAAAGAGAGGAACGGACAGAUGGUUUUC